AUGGGUAUGAGCAAGUAUGCAAUGAAAUUGAUGGACUCUAUCAAAAGAUGGGAAAAGAACCUCAACAUCGUUAAUGAAGUACUCAAUGCUUGGCUCACUGUACAGAGGAAGUGGAUGUAUUUGGAGAGCAUCUUCCUGGAUUCGGAUGAUAUCAGACUGCAGCUGCCGGAAGAAGCUAAGAAGUUUGAUAAAAUCCACAAAGUAUUCAAGGAGCUGAUGGAGCGAACAGCGGCAAGUCCCAACGCCAUCCAAGCGUGUUGUGGUAACGACAGACUGAAUGAGUUGAAGGGUCUCACUGCUGAGUUGGACAGGACGCAGAAGAGUCUUACAGAUUAUCUAGACACGAAACGCGCCUUGUUCCCGCGGUUCUACUUCAUAUCAGACGAUGAGUUACUGUCGAUCCUGGGAAGUUCGGACCCUCAGGCGGUGCAGCCCCAUUCGCUGAAGCUCUUCGACAACGCGAAGGAAAUCGUCUUCAAGCCCGGCAGUAAG